AAGGUCAUUACGAUAAUCUCAGAAGGCGAGUCCGGUGUCCAGUCACCUGAUCACCAUCUCACCUGACGUCCGUCUCACCUAAACGUCCUCGUCUGAAGAGAAGAAGAGAUCACUUCCUGCUUUAUUCUGCUUUAAAAAUCUUUCAAAUAUGUUGCCUGAAAUGGACUGUGUUAACGCGCAAUGUUGAAUUGUAUUCGUUAUUCGUUUAUUUUAUGUAUUACUGCGGCCGGCACGUCGGUCGGAUUUCAUCACGACACGCGUCAUACAUCAUGAUUCAAAUCAAGUCCCGCCCAUUUUCCUUCUAAUUUAUUCAUGGGUAAGUCCCACCCACUUGCCCGCUCUGCUCCUGACAUGCUCCGUCACAGCAAGCGCUAUCCGCCCCCUUCCGCGUACAUCAGCUCACAGACGCCCACGAUUGGCUAGUGUCACGGUGAUUGACAGUGGAGAGAGUUUAUGCCCCUCCCACCCAGAGAGCACGGCCAGUUUAGCCCUCUUGGCUCUCACGCUGUUCUUUACACCUCUAUGGCUGUUAUAACGUGUAAUGUUUUCCUGUUUUGCUCUUUUCUUGCUGACGCUGAAGGAGACGAUGAAGAGAGACGAAUCUCAGCCUGUCUCUCAUUUCACUCAGCACGAACAUCCGGAACCCACGAAUGAGGAGUUUAACGCAGAACCGCCUCCUACAGGCCUGGAGUUAGCGUUCGGCUCAGGUUUAGACUCUGGACGCGAUGAAGGCGUGAGGAACGAUACAGACGGCGCGCCCGGGACGAACGUGACCUCGCCGAAUCACCAGAACUGCCAAGUGCUCGAAUAUUCAAAGGUCAAAGGUCAACCCUUGUCGGAACACUCAGUUCCUCCACAACCAUCAGCGCCAGCUAUAACUUCUGAAGAGGAACGUUCAGCUGGGAGAUCGAUUACAGCAGCUCCGUGCAGUCAUGCCGGGGUUCAGGAAAACGUGACAGCAAAGAACAUCUCAUCAGACGCUGCCAUGGAAACUGGUGAUGACAUCACCCCGGAUAAUAAAGGUAUGCCAUCAGGGGCCAUGCAGCCAAGUACAGACGAGAUGGAUGACAAAAAAUCUCACCAGCCAGACGUGGCGUCAUCAAAAGGGAAGAAGAUCAAAGAGGAAGCGAUUAAAAGAAAUGAGAGUUUUAUGCUACCAGAACCGAAAAGUUGUGAUCCGAGGACUGAAGUCUGUCCAAACAGAACCGGAGGAGAACCAGCCACACCCACACUGAGAGAUCAGCAUCUCAUUGGUCCACCUGGAAGCACAGGGCUACAGGGAUAUCAGGGUCGUCCUGGUCUGCCUGGAGCUCCAGGACCAAAAGGAGAAAAGGGCUUUGCAGGAAGGAUGGGUCGUACAGGACGCGCAGGUUCCCGAGGGCCGAUCGGUCCUCCCGGCAUUCCUGCCAUCAUCGUGUGGAUGACAUCGGAGGAAGAAUGGCAGGAGUUUAAGAAGAGUAAACUCUACAAGAAGCUCAUGGAGUCAUGGCCGAGACAGAAAGGACAACCAGGACCGAUGGGGCGACCCGGAGAUCCUGGCCCGCCUGGUCAUCUUGGCGUUCCAGGGAAACAGGGCAAGAAAGGAGUCACAGGGUCAAUUGGAAGAGUGGGGCCACCUGGGAUACCUGGACCUCCUGGAAGACCAGGCCAAGAUGGCACACCAGGAAAAGACGGAGAAACGGGCCAACCGGGACCACGAGGGGAAAACGGUCCACAGGGCUACAGAGGAGAGCGAGGCAGUAAAGGGGAGCUGGGUGAGUGGGGUUACACUGGAGAACCGGGACCUCAGGGAGAGAAAGGCAGGAACGGGGUGAAGGGAUAUAAAGGGGAAGUUGGCCUGAUUGGAAUAAUUGGCUAUAUUGGGCCACCUGGACCGCGAGGACAGCGGGGGAUUAUGGGAGCACACGGUUCUCCUGGAGAACCUGGAUGGCCCGGGUUUACAGGAGCUCCAGGUCCAACAGGUCGUACGGGACCGAGAGGUGCUAAAGGACUGAGUGGAGUUAAAGGACCUCCUGGUCAGCCCGGUGAGAGCGGAGCGAGAGGAGAAGCCGGGAAAGCAGGAGAUCCAGGUCCCGAUGGCAUUACCGGAUUUCACGGACAUGGCGGGCCGCAGGGUAAACCAGGGCGAGGUGGGCCUCCGGGUCCCAAAGGACAUCCUGGGCAGAUUGGAGACGAAGGAGCCAUUGGAGACCCGGGACCACCGGGACCGCCAGGUCAUGCUGGAAAAGUGGGAAAACCAGGACCCUCAGGUGAUCCAGGUCAGAAAAGUGAGCGAGGAGAUAAAGGAGAUCCUGGUGAAAAAGGAGAACAAGGUUCUGUAGGUCCUCCUGGUUUUCCCGGGUUCCGUGGUCGAGCGGGUCGUUCAGGUGUGCUGGGAGAACCCGGGCCGACUGGAUCAGCUGGAUCACCAGGACCACAAGGUUUGGAAGGAGGUGCUGGAGAUCAGGGCAAACAAGGCAGAGACGGCCCCAAGGGAGAACGAGGUCCCGAUGGUGUAACUGGAGUUCCGGGACCAAGAGGUGAUAAGGGUCGGCCGGGACGCGGUGGAUUCAGCGGUCUGCCAGGACCUUUGGGGCAAAUGGGAAAAUCAGGAGAGCGAGGACCUGAAGGAGAGCCUGGUAUCAAGGGUAGAACAGGAUUUCCAGGAGGACCUGGAGCUAAAGGCCUGAAGGGACUGCAGGGUUUUCCAGGGAUUCGAGGGCAGGAUGGAAUUCAUGGUUCUCCGGGACUCACAGGAGCACUAGGGGCAAAUGGAGCAACGGGUCCUUCAGGACACAGGGGUUUCCAGGGAAAGCCGGGCGCUCCUGGUGUACAAGGUCCUGUUGGGAAAAGUGGAGAUCAGGGAAGUAGAGGAAUCGCUGGCAAGCCUGGAAAACCCGGAGUGCAGGGAAUCGAAGGCACUGAGGGUCCGAAGGGACUUCCUGGCAGUCCAGGGCAGAAGGGAGUUCGAGGAAACAAGGGUCCCAAAGGAAAACCUGGACGUCCGGGAGCUCGAGGUCUGCCAGGAGUGAAGGGUUACAGAGGACUUCCUGGUGUACAGGGGAACAUGGGUGUGUGGGGUAAGAUCGGACUCCAGGGGCCACCAGGAGAUCAAGGGCCUCGAGGACCAGCUGGAGCUGUAGGGGUGCCUGGAUAUCCGGGUAAAGAUGGACCAGCAGGAGCUUUAGGGCCUCAAGGAGAAAAAGGAGAUAAGGGCGUUAAAGGGGCGGCGGGAGCGGACGGAGUGUCCGGUGUCGAUGGUGAGGAGGGCGCGGUCGGAAUCAUCGGACCGGUCGGGCCGCUGGGAUUUAAAGGAGCACCGGGUGAAAAGGGAGGUUCUGGAUUUCCUGGAGCCCCUGGAUUAAAAGGCGUCAGAGGAGAAAGAGGACAUCGAGGACCAGCGGGAAUAAAAGGCAUGACUGGACGAGAGGGACAGAGUGGCCUUCAAGGGCAAUCGGGAGAGCAGGGACCACCCGGAGAAAAGGGUCGGUCUGGCUCCAGAGGACGUCCGGGUUCGGCGGGUAAAUAUGGACCAGGCGGUAAAACCGGACCCGAUGGUACAAAGGGCGAUAAAGGUGAACAUGGACUUAUUGGCGAGAUGGGGAUCCUGGGGCGUCCAGGUCCUGCAGGUGAACCAGGAUUAUCAGGUUUAAUAGGAAACAGAGGUCUUGCUGGAAGCAACGGACCCCAGGGGCUGAAAGGAGAUUCUGGUGAACGAGGAAAACCUGGAGCGCAGGGGGAGGACGGACCUGCAGGUAUUGAAGGGUUGCGAGGAAAGAAAGGAGAGACCGGACAGCGAGGCAAACAUGGGCCAGUGGGACCCCUGGGACCUAAAGGGCCUCCUGGGGAAAAAGGCACACCGGGACCUCCUGGACCUCCAGGUAACACAGGGGUCAAAGGUCACGCAGGAGCGAAGGGGGAAAUGGGACUUCCUGGAUAUAGAGGCACCAAAGGCGUUGCUGGAAAACCGGGAGUUCAAGGCUUGAACGGAAAACGUGGCUCUCGUGGGAAUCCAGGAAAACCAGGCCUCAGUGGCACUGACGGUUUACUGGGAGUUCAAGGCAAUGAGGGAGAUCCGGGUGACAGAGGACAUAGAGGAGCUCCAGGAAGACCAGGAGAGCCUGGCAGACCAGGUCCAGCAGGAGCUUCUGGGCUUCAGGGGAAACGAGGAGUUACUGGGAUAAAGGGUUCCUCAGGAGAAACGGGAGAACCUGGACCUUCUGGACCUGUCGGACCAAGAGGGAUUCCUGGACUCAGAGGUGAAAAGGGACACGUCGGACUUCCAGGACAAAAGGGAAUUUCUGGGAUCCCGGGAAUCCCAGGACCUGUCGGGACACCAGGACCGAAGGGAAAACGAGGUGUUGCAGGACCUAAAGGCCAGCCGGGUCCAAAAGGUGCACAGGGUGAUACAGGUCCCAGCGGUCCUCCUGGUCAGCUCGGCCUUCCUGGGCUCGCUGGAAUUCUAGGGAAGAAGGGACCGAAGGGCGUGCGAGGAUCCUCAGGGCUGAAAGGAACGAAAGGACAGAGAGGAGAACCGGGGAAACCAGGACCUCCUGGACCUCGAAAAACAGAACAGAGCACCACAGAGAAGAACAGAAGAGGAUCACGAAAUACAAACAGAUUCAAAUCUCAGAGAAGUCACAGAUCUGAAAACGCCGUUCACGCGCACGCAGAGGAUCGGCUUCGAGGAACUAGAGAGCGUCCGGCGUCUACCUGCAGAGACCUGGCUCUCCAUCACCCUCACCUGCAGGACGGAUUUUAUUACGUGGAUCCGAAUCACGGCUGCCCGUUUGAUGCGCUGCAGGUUUUCUGUAAUUUUACAGCCGGUGGACUCACCUGUAUCUCACCUGUCCAAUCACAGUUUGUAGGAACGCGGCGUGUGAAGACAGGGAACGCAUCACGCUGGAUUAGUGACAUGCAGAGGGGCUUCUGGGUUGAAUAUUGGCAGCUCGACGUCGUUCAGCUGAGAUUUCUGCGUCUCCACAGCGGUUCUGCUACACAAACCCUCACCACUUCCUGUUCCUCUGCUCCACGCCUCACGGCAGGACAGGUACACUUCCUGGGAGACUCUGGAAGUGAAGUCAGUUUCUCCAGCGCUGUUUACUCGAGGAACAGCUGCGAGGUGCAGAUCAGAUUUUCAGGAAAAGGAGAAAAGAUGAAUCUGCUUCCCAUCAGAGAUCUGCGUUUAUCUGAAGGAGAAAAACAGCAAGAAACCAGCUUCACAGCUGAGAUUGGGCCUCUGUGCUUUUUAUAGCGCCAUCCAGAGGCUCUAAUGAGACACUGCACUUCAAAUUAAAGCGUUUCAGUCUCAUCAAAAAAAAAAAAAAAAAAAAAAAAACCCAGUUCAUAUCAAACUGAAAUAUAAAUAUUAUUGAUGUAAAUAGUGUGUGGUGUAUAAUACACUUAGGCUCGGUGAAAACCUGAAAUGGAUUUAUUUUAUCUUCUGACCCAGAGCACAAAUAUUCUUUGUUAUUUAUUUUUGCAUGAAUUAGACACAGUAUAAGAGCUUUUUUUUUUUUUUUUAGCACAUUAGUGAAGCGUCAGAAUGACAUUCCAUUGUUUUGUAAAGUUUUGUUUUCACAAAUAAUAAUUUUAAAAAUCUUGUUUUGUGCAAAAGAAAUGAUUCAAAUGAUAAAUAAACACAGCUUGGAUCACACAAACGAAUAAAAGUAGAGCUUCCGUUUUAUUUUAGCUUCAUUUCAGGAAUGUAAUGUGUGUAUAUUUUAAUGUUUUAUUAUAUUAUAUUAUCAUUUGACAUGCAAAUAAUGUAUAUAAUACUAUUUGGCUGCCCUUCAGGCUUUCCUAACUGUGUUAUGGCAUUUCUUACAGAGAAUACUACUACUACUACUAAUACUACUACUACUAAUACUACUACUACUACUAAUACUACUACUACUACUAC